GGCUGCUUUCUCACCUCCCUCCAAAACUUUCUUCCACCGACCCCCCAAGACUACUGCACAUGAUGAUGAGGGUGCAGAGUCGGGCAGCCGUGCUGCUACUGCUAUUCGCAUGCUUCGCCUCCAUCGUGUCCUGCUGGACGGCCGACGACCACGAGAUUUUCCGACUGCGCGAUGAAGUGCAGAUUUCCGAGGGCGUGAAUGCCACCUUCUACUCCUUCCUCGGCAUCAAGCCCAAUGCCAACCAGGAGGACAUCAACAAGGCCUACCGCAAGCUUUCCCGCACGCUGCAUCCCGACAAGGCGCGCAGCAAUUGGCUGGCCAACUACAACAAGCCCAAGAAGCCCACUGCGAAGGCCGGAGCGAAGCCCACGGUGCAUGUGCAGAAGAACAAGAAGCCGAGCCAGAGCGAGAUUACUCGGUUUAACAAAGAGGCGGGUGCGCGGUUCGAGAGGUUGAGUCUGGUGACGAAUGUCCUCCGCGGGCCUGGACGCGAUCGAUACGACCACUUCCUCGCCAAUGGCUUCCCGACUUGGAGGGGGACAGGAUACUACUACAAGAGAUUCCGACCAGGGCUUGGCUCGGUGCUGGCGGGCCUAUUCAUCUUUGUUGGAGGUGGCGUGCAUUACGCCUUCCUGUACCUGAGCUGGAGGAGACAGCGAGAGUUUGUGGAGCGAUACAUCAAGCAUGCCCGACGUAUGGCAUGGGGAGACGAGGGUGGUAUUGGCGCCAUCCCUGGGCUAGGCGGAAGCGUUGCGAAUGGUGCACCCACCGCGAGACCACCCGUGCAGGACAAUGAGGACAGCAUGCAGUGGAACCGCAAGGAGAAGCGGGCCAUGGAAAGGGAGAAAAGGAAAGAGAGCAAGAAGCCCAACAAGGCGGCGGCGGAGAAGGCGAAGCGAGACGGCAUUAGCACACCCGUCGAGGCGGAGAUCACCUCGGGACCUGUGGGCGCGAAGAAGCGCACGGUGGCGGAGAAUGGAAAGGUGUUGAUCGUGGACAGUGUGGGCAAUGUAUUCUUGGAGGAUGAGACGGAGGAGGGCGAUGUGCAGGAGUUUCUGCUUGAUCCCGAUGAGGUGCCCAUGCCGACCAUCCGAGAUACCGUGCUCGUUCGUGGGCCUAUACUUCUCUACAACAAGAGCCUCGGUCGGCUGCUGAACAAGCAAACGCCCGAGUAUAUCCAAUCGGAAGCAGAGGGAGACGAACAGGAGUACAGUGACGACGCCACCGCCAGCAUCCAAUCUGCGAUCUCCCCGAACGCAAACGGCGAGGCGCGGAAACGCAAGUCGAAGGCCAGGGCAUAGCGUGCAUGCCGUGGAGGUGGUGACGGUCAUGAUAGCCAAUACAUGGAACUACUUCAUUAAAAG